AUGGCAGAUACGAAAGAUACAUCACACAUCCAAAAUGAAACGGAUGACGUUAUCGCCAUUGACGAAGAAGUCACAGAGAGAUCACUGCUUCGCAAACUGGACGCUAGACUCCUGCCUGGAGUUGGUAUUUUAUACCUUCUCUCGUUCUUAGAUCGUAGUAAUGUUGGAAAUGCUCGCAUUGAGGGCAUGGUAAAUGACCUCCACAUGACUGGGAACCAGUAUCUUACUGGACUUACCAUCUAUUUCAUUGGUUAUGUUCUUUUCGAAGUCCCAUGUAAUAUUAUCCUCAAAAAGACAAGCCCUCGUUUAUGGCUCCCAACUUUGACAAUAGCGUGGGGUGUUGUUGCUACGCUGUUGGGAGUGGUACAAAACCUUCCUGGCUUUCUUGUUGCUCGAUUCUUCCUAGGUGUAACAGAGAGCGGCCUAUUCCCCGGUGUUGUGUUUUAUUUAUCGAUGUGGUACAAACGAAAGGAGCGGCAGUAUCGUAUUUCGUUAUUUUUCAGUGCGGCAUCGCUUGCGGGAGCCUUUGGUGGCAUUUUAGCAUUUGGAAUUGCGAAGAUGAGAGGGAUCGUUUGGAGUAAUGGAUGGCGGUGGAUAUUCAUUCUCGAAGGAAUUGCUACUGUCAUCAUUGCCACAUCAGCGUACUGGUUCAUUGAGAACUACCCCGAUACCGCUAAAUUUCUCACGAAAUCCGAAAGAGAGUUGAUCAAAACUAGAUUGGCCGCUGACUGCGACGCUAUGAUCAAAGAAGAUUUCAACUGGGCUGCUGUACGUGAGGCAGUCAGUGACCCAAGCUGCUGGCUCUACAGUCUGGGCUUUCAUACAAUGAGCUUACCGUUAUAUACUCUUUCUCUAUUUCUGCCAACAAUUAUCAGCAACCUUGGAUAUACAGCAGCGAAAGCUCAGCUCCUUACGAUUCCUCCGUAUGCGUUAGCAUUCGUUACUACUGUGGGAGUUGCCAUUGCGUCAGAAAGAUUGGGGAAAAGGGCGAUCUUUAUAGCGGGCUCUUCAAUCACGGCCGCAAUUGGAUAUAUCAUGUUGCUUGCAAACACCGACCCUGUCUCACGGCCGGGCUUGUCGUACGCUGGCACGUUCUUUGCUGCUGCAGGCAUUUACCCGGCCACUGCACUGGUUCUCUCAUGGCCGGCUAUCAAUGUAUCUGGCCAGACAAAAAGAGCUAUUGCAAACGCGAUGCAGAUUAGCAUUGGUAAUCUAGGGGCUGUCAUGGGGACGCAGCUGUAUCGGUCAAAUGAUGGGCCUAGAUUUGUCGUUGGUCACUCAGUCGCACUGGCCUACUUGUGUGCAAAUGUUCUUGUGGUCAGCUAUACCGGAUGGCGACUAAAAGCGCAAAAUACAGCAAGGGCAAAUAUCUCUCCUGAAAUUGAGAAUGUAGGAGACGCAUCAGACUGGGAAGGGGAUAAAGACCCACGGUGGCGGUUCUCAUAUUAG